AUGUCCCCGGUUCUCGACCAACUCAAACAAUUCACCACCAUUGUCGCCGAUACCGGUGAUUUUGAAUCAAUCGCGAAAUACAAACCACAGGAUGCGACCACGAAUCCUUCUUUGAUCUUGGCCGCCACUCAAAAACCCCAAUACUCCAAGUUGAUUGACGAAGCCAUUGAGUAUGCAAAGAGUAAAGAUGGAUCCGUCGAAGAAAAGGUCGAAUGGGCUACGGAUAAAUUGUUGAUCAACUUUGGUUGUGAGAUCCUAAAAAUUAUUCCUGGUCGUGUUUCCACCGAGGUGGACGCCCGACUCUCCUUUGACACUGAAGGUACCAUUGCCAAGGCGAAAAGGUUGAUCAGUUUAUAUAAGGAGGUCGGAAUCAGCCCUGAUCGCGUGUUAAUAAAGAUCGCAUCAACAUGGGAGGGAAUUCGCGCGGCCGAAAUACUUGAGAAAGAAGGCAUUCAUUGCAACUUGACCUUACUCUUCUCAUUUCCUCAGGCUGUAGCAUCUGCCGAAGCAGGUGCAACACUGAUCUCGCCGUUUGUUGGUCGUAUCCUUGAUUGGUACAAGAAGAAUACGGGUAAAACUUACUCUUCAACAGACGACCCCGGCAUCUUAUCAGUAACCAAGAUUUAUAAUUACUACAAGAAAUACGGUUAUUCCACCAUCGUAAUGGGCGCCUCAUUUCGUAACGUUGGUGAGAUUUUGGAGUUGGCCGGUUGCGAUUUUCUUACCAUCAGUCCAACUUUGCUAAACGAACUGGCUAAUGACUCGAGUCCGAUCAAAAGGAACCUGAGUCCCGAGAGUGCGAAAUCCUGCGACGAACCAAAGGUCACAUACGAUGAGAAGACUUUCAGAUGGGAACUCAAUGAGGAUCAGAUGGCCACCGAAAAGCUUUCAGAAGGCAUUCGAAAGUUUGCUGAGGAUGGUGGAAAGUUGAAAAAUGAAUUGAGAAAACGUUUGGAAUAA